UUGCUACUAACUUUUGAAAGACCACUCGUACUCCCUCAAAAGGAAAACCUCGCUUCUCAUGAGUUAAUGCCGAAACGUUUUAGAAAUGUUUCCACACCUUUCUAUCCCCCAUCGACUACGGUGAAGGCUGUUGAACUUCCUCCUCCAUUCGUUAGUUUUGUUGAAAAUGUGAUUGCUACGAAGUACACCUUACUAGUCAUAUGGUUUACAAUUAUUCUUAUUUUUGCUGUGGUUGCACUGAAGAGGAAUCGAGUUUGGCCUUCUCGACGACACACAUAUCAAAGGGCUUUUCUUUAA